UUCUUUAGCAGAUUUCUACGGAUAUUACAGAAAAAUAACGAUACAAACGCAUUCAUAACAAAGUAAAAGUAUUAAUAAAUAUAAUUAGCUCAAACAUAAAACGGUAAAUCAUCCCACGUGAUUAAUUUGAGUGCGUAGACGAAGUUCUUAAAAUAGUAUCUUGAACUAGACUUGGACAAGCACAUUGGCUAGUGUUUUAGAAGUGAAAACAUUGAAAAUGCGUGAAAUUGUGCACUUGCAGGCGGGCCAGUGUGGCAACCAGAUCGGCUCAAAGUUUUGGGAGAUAAUAUCUGAUGAGCACGGCAUUGACCAGACCGGAUACUAUAAGGGAGACAGCGACCUUCAACUCGAGAGGAUCCAAGUGUACUACAAUGAGGCGGCUGACGGCAAGCGCUACGUGCCCCGUGCAGUCCUGGUGGACCUGGAGCCAGGGACCAUGGACGCCAUCAGGUCAUCCACGUACGGCCAGCUGUUCCGACCUGAUAACUACGUUUUUGGACAAAGCGGAGCCGGUAAUAACUGGGCGAAAGGACACUACACGGAAGGCGCUGAGCUGGUCGAGUCGGUUAUGGAUGUCGUGAGAAAAGAGGCAGAGCCCUGUGACUGUCUUCAAGGUUUCCAGUUGACCCAUUCAUUGGGUGGUGGUACUGGUUCAGGUCUGGGCACGCUGCUCCUCAGCAAGCUGCGAGAGGAGUACCCUGACAGGAUUGUCAAUACUUUCGGCGUGAUGCCGUCACCUAAAGUGUCAGACACAGUCGUGGAACCUUACAAUGCGACAUUAUCCGUCCACCAGUUGGUCGAGAAUACAGACGAGACAUUUUGCAUCGACAAUGAAGCUCUCUACGAUAUUUGCUUCCGGACUUUGAGGCUAGCAUCCCCUACUUAUGGAGAUUUGAAUCACCUUGUGUCGCUGACCAUGUCAGGAGUGACAACGUGUCUCCGGUUCCCUGGACAGCUUAACGCUGACUUAAGGAAGUUAGCAGUGAACAUGGUGCCUUUCCCGAGGUUACACUUCUUCAUGCCUGGUUUCGCCCCCUUAACAGCCCGCAACAGCCAAGGCUACCGAGCCUUAACAGUCCCGGAGCUGACACAGCAGAUGUUCAGUCCUGUCAACAUGAUGGCGGCAUGUGACCCUCGCCACGGACGGUACCUGACCGUGGCCGCCAUAUUUAGAGGCAGAAUGUCCAUGAAGGAGGUCGACGAACAGAUGUUAACUGUGCAAGAUAAGAAUUCUAGUUACUUCGUGGAAUGGAUACCGAACAAUGUGAAGGUCGCAGUAUGUGACGUCCCGCCCCGUGGACUCAAAAUGGCGGCAACUUUCGUCGGCAAUACAACGGCAAUACAGGAGAUAUUCAAGAGAAUAUCUGAACAGUUCACCGUUAUGUUCCGGCGUAAGGCGUUCCUCCACUGGUAUACAGGAGAGGGCAUGGAUGAGAUGGAGUUUACGGAGGCUGAGAGCAAUAUGAAUGACCUGGUCUCCGAGUAUCAGCAGUAUGAGGAGGUUGGAGUUGAUGAUGCUGAAUUUGAUGAACAGGAAGAAAUGCCGCCUGAAGAGGAAUAUCCUGAAGAAUAAACUAGUUAUAGAACUAUCAACUUUAAAGUAUGGACUUAUGGUCUAUAUUUCAAUAGCAAUAAUGUUGUUUUAGAUUUUUAUUUAUUUGUAUUGACAUAGAAAUAAGUACUGUGUUUCAUAUGCGACAAAGUUUAAUCUUCUAAUAAUAAAUCAUAUUAAACUGUU